ACCCUCUCAUCUUCACAGGCCUUCUCAGAUGCCUUCAUCCUCCUCCCUCACUGGUGUCCAUGUUCUGGAUAUUUUCAGAUAUUUUCACACUCUGCCCAGCCAUAGUUGCUGUUUGACUAAUCACCAUUAAUUCACAUACCAUUUCCACUCACAAGGUCACCUGCUUCAUCCCCAGAGUCACGUCUGCAUCCUUUCCCUAGAACAUUUCAUGCAAAUUACUGACACUCUUCUCGUACAGAGAGGCUUGGAUAUGAAGAGGAUAUUUUUGGUGCUGAGCCCUCAACUGAGACAUGGUAAACUGCUGGCUGCAUGAGUAAAUGUAAAUUCUCUCUUGUCCUCUCCUGCAGCAUCCUCAUGCAAAGGAGACUCUUCCUCUACAACUUCAGGAACCUGCGCAAGGCCAAGGGCCGGCGUGAAACCUACCUCUGCUAUGUGGUGAAGCGCCGGGACAGUGCCACCUCGUGCUCCCUGGACUUCGGAUACCUGCGCAACCAGAUGGGCUGCCAUGUGGAGGUGCUCUUCCUGCGCUACAUCGCGGCCUGGGACCUGGACCCGGGACGCUGCUACCGAAUCACCUGGUUCACCUCCUGGAGCCCCUGCUACGACUGCGCCCAGCACAUCGCCAGCUUCCUGCGCUCCUACCCCAACCUGACCCUCCGCAUCUUCAUGGCCCGCCUCUACUUCUGCGAGGACCGCAAGGCUGAGCCCGAGGGGCUGAGGCGCCUGCACAAGGCGGGGGCACAGAUUGCCAUCAUGACCUUCAAAGAUUACUUCUACUGCUGGAACACAUUUGUGGAGAACAGGGAACAGGCAUUCAAAGGCUGGGAAGGGCUGCAUGAAAACUCUGUCCAUCUUGCCAGGAAACUUCGACGAAUCCUCCUGCCGCUGUAUGAAGUAGAUGAUUUACGAGAUGCCUUUAAAAUUCUGGGACUUUGAAGUGAAAGUCAUCAGCAAUCAGAAGACUUCGCAAGCACUUGUUCUUUCAUUUCCAACUCUCUCCCUUACAACAGAUCUUUCUCCUCUUCCCUCCUUACAUCUCUCUCCCUUCCAGCCCUGUGUCUAGGGAUGAGACUAUCCUUACUUUUUAUUUCCAAGGAGAAUUAGGCUGAUCUUGUGAAGAUACCUUCCCCAGGCUCACACCUUAUCCAUUGCUAACUGGGAAUAGCCAGGACUGCAGUGACAUUGCCAGAGAAUGAUUUGCCCCCCCUCAGACCCUGCAGAGCUAAUCCAGGUGAUCCACUAAAUGGAGCUCUGGGUUUAGCCUUGCCCAGGUGGGAGCAGACAGCCUGCAGAGCUGUUUGUGCAACUGUGUUCUCACUGGCACUGCACUGACCUGCACAUUUCAUGAAGGCUUCAGGGAGCACAUUUUUUGGCUCUUAGAGCUGCACUGCACUCAGCUGCUCUGUGUCCUCCCCUGUGAAAUGGUUUAUUUGUCCUUCUGGAUGUUGGUAGGAACUGAAAACCAUCACGACUGAAGUGGUACAGCCUAUGCAUUAACAGCAAAGUUGGCCAGCCCCUGAAAAGCUCAGUUGAGAGUGUUGAAGUGAGUCCUUCACAGCCCAGGUAGCUCAGCUUGAAAACCUCACGUGAAGCCAGCAGGUCUGUCGGAGUGGAUUGUGUGCAGAGCACCACAGCUCUCGCUGUGUGGGGUGCUCCUCAUCCUCUGAGCAUUUCCCCCUAGACCAGGCAUGCAAUGUGCUCCCUCCCCAGCCAGCUGCCUCUGCUGGAGGCACCUUUACAGUCCCACAGUCUUCUGUUUUUCCAAGACUUUUACUACCCUUAAUAUGGCCAGCAAUGUCCAGUUGGUGACUGUAUUGAGAGCUGCCCAGAAAAAAAUCCUAGCAUAUGCAAAGCUCUACGACCUGUAAAUAGGUAUUUUCUGUAGGGGCCAAAAUCCAGCCAUCCUCCUGCCUGGCAAUCACUCCGUCCACUAGGGCACCCCAUUAGCUCCUGAUCUGGUGGACACAGACUUUACAAGCUGAAGAUACAGGUUCAUAGCACAUGCCUGCUCACCACCACCUUCCCACCACCUAAAUUACAGCUGGAUUGCUCUCUCCAGUCUAACCUCUUGAGGCUUGGACAAGGCUAAGUGUGUCCCACACCCUGGGUGUGCUCUGUCAUUUCCUUCAUGAUGGCUGCAAGUUCUCUGCGCCAUCUUCUUUCUGGAUGAGGCUGGAGGCUCCUCAGAACACCUCCCCUGGUGCUAGGCCAGCUCAGCAGGACAGCAGAAAGCUCUGCUCCUGCAGCACCUCCUCCUGCUAGCAGAGAUCACAACCAGGUGCAUCACAAGCUUCCUACAACUUCAGGCUCCCAAGGCACUCUCAGCUUGGGGAAUUUUGACCAGGAAUAGCAAUGACAGUCCUUUGCAAAGCAUUAAUUUGCAAGCAUGGUGUUGUAUAUUUGUUCCAUAUGGUGCAUAUUAUUUAUAUGAAUAAAGGUCUU